AUGAUGGAUGGGGCGUACUUUGUCGGUCGCAAAGAGUUAUUGGAUUUCUUUAACGAUUUGCUGGAUUUGAAUCUCAGCAAAAUUGAGCAAACGGCUUCGGGAGCUAUCGCCUGUCAAAUUGCUGACCUCAUAUUCCCUAAAACUAUCCCCAUGUCUAAAGUAAACUGGGAAGCCAGAUCAGACUACGAAUUCGUGCAGAAUUACAAGCUGUUGCAAGCUGCCUUUACAAAACACGAAGUGCAGAGACAUGUUGAUGUCAACAAAUUGAUCCGUGCCAAGUACCAGGACAAUCUUGAAUUUUGCCAGUGGCUCAAAGCUUUUUAUGAUCAGUCGGGCGUUGUCCGAAAAGACUACGAUCCAUUCGCGGUGCGAGCUAGGGGUAAAGGUGGACAACAGUACAAUGCCCAGAUGGGGUCAAAGUCUUCAACCCGUUCGCAUCCUAUCAUGGCAUCCACAAAACCAGCGAUUGCGCGAGUUUCAGAAGCAGCAGGCGAAAACAUGGCAAUCAAUGAUGAGCUUUCUUUGAAAACGUUGGAACUUGAGCAGGCUGUGAUUGAUAUCGAGAAAGAGAGGGACUUUUAUUUCAGAAAAUUGAGAGAUGUCGAGAUAAUGUUCCAGGUCUACCAGGAAAAAGUUGACGACGGUGAUCAGAACAAUUUGGUUGACGAUGUUUUUAAGAUUCUCUAUGCUACAGCCGAAGAUAACCUGACCGUCAAUGACCAAGGCGAUGUUGUGGAAGCUGUAGAGAACGAGCCGGCAGAUGAGGCCUAAACGUAUAUGAUUAUGCUGUUGAUU